AUGGGACACGCUGCCUUUGCCGAGAAUCGGCACCUCUCUGAGCCGAAGCAGACGCAGAUGAGUAAGGAGUGGCUUGAAUAUUGGCAUCUACCGGACCAGACUAGAAUAGUCCCCAAGCACUUGAAACCAGAGGAAAGACUUCGCUCAAUCGUCGGAGAAUCUGUUGUAAAGUACCUGAGCGCUCCUCCCAUGAUUUUGACUUCUAAAAAUAUGACAACGACUAUCCUGGAAAAUCCCUGUGAUUGGUAUGCAGUAGUCUGUGGAUCGGAUCCCAGUGGAACAACACCUAGCAAACAAUUGACUUUCAACUUGGGUAUGGGAAUAACCAAAGUCUUUAGGUUGGUGCAGAAUACCUGGGAGAGGGCCGACAAUAUUGAACUGCCUCCUAAUACAUUUGUUUAUGCUGAACUGGUGGAGGAGUUGAGAGGAAUGGAAAAUAAUAUCCGGAGAACUGAAGCAGUGCAUAUUGUCGAUGCUGAUCUCCUGGGACGAGAGGAUGUCAGCAGAAAUUCAGUUCCAGAAAGGUAUGAUCUCAUCAAUAAAUUCUGUGAGGCUCUGUGGAAGCCCAAAAACUCUACGUCUUGUCCAGUUCGUGCCAAGGAAUUGCAUCCAGUGGAUCGUGAGUUACCCAUGACACUUCAUGUACAACCCAGUACAUUGAUAAACAAGAAGAAAAUAUUAGUACAUUAUCUACAACAGUCAUACCCGAGGAGGACACGCCCCGAUAACGAUCCACUAUCCUUUGUACCAAAUAGUGUGGUAUUCUUGAAGACAACUAGUGCACCCUGGACACGUGUUAUCAGCAAGAAAACUAGAGAUCAUUAUUACUUCAAAUCUAUGACGAAUGAAAAUUUUUAUGCUAAUUGUCGACCAGAAUCAGCUUGUGCCAGCUUCCUCGAGACAUUUGUCACUCGAGUGCAGUGGCAUUGGCCGGGGGAUUCAUCUCUGUCAAUUAAUUAUACAUACGAUAAUGUAAAACAGAGGUGCCCUGUUUUACUACCGCAAGAUUAGUGACAUAGAUUCAUCAAU